AUAUGCUCGCCUAGUCACUUUAUUAUUAAGUCAUUUUAUUAUUACCAGAAACCUCACACGAUCGUUGUACUGCGCUGUUAUGUUUAUUUUUAACCAUAGUAAUUAUUUUAUAUAAAAAAUAGUUUACUUAAUAGCCUUAACGAAAAAAUCAUCUGUUAAUAGUAGUAUUCAAUUUUGUUAAAUAAGACAAAACAUUUUCAAUUUAACUGUAUACCAUAGCACAGAUCAUGGAAUUUAAAUUCGAUAUCAAAGAUUUAUCUGAAAAAUCUAUUUUAAAAAUUGACUAUUCGUUAAUACCAGAUGGCUAUGAAUAUGAUGUCAACUUACAAAGAAGAAUUGCUAUGAUUGUUGAUGAAAUGGGAAAGGCAUCCGCUAGGGCUCAAGACUUAAAAAUGCCAAUAACAACCGCUGAAAAGUUAGCUAAAUCAGACCAUUUAAUAUAUUUGAUGACUGAACAGACAAAUGAUGAUUCAAAUGUAGUAAUUGGCAUCCUUAAAAUGGGUUGGAAAAAAUUAUAUUUAUUCGACAAAAAGGGGACUCGUUCUGAAGCUAUGGUAUAUUGCUUAUUAGAUUUUUAUGUCCAUGAAACAAGACAGCGUCAAGGUUAUGGAGUUAAAAUAUUUGAAUAUAUGUUAAAAGACAAUGAAUUGGAAGCAAAACGAUUAGCAAUUGACAGACCAUCUAAAAAAAUGUUGCAGUUCAUGGUAAAACAUUUUAAGCUUAAAAAACCUGUUGACCAAGGGAACAAUUUUGUAAUUUUUGAAGAAUUUUUUGAUACUCCAGGACUAACUCAACUGAAGGAUAAAUGUAAUAGUAUGAAUGGAUAUAGAAGUAAAAUUACCAUAGGCCGCCACGCUGCUAACAAACAUCAAGACAACAUGUCAGACAUUUUACAUGGCGCUAAUAGCGCAACGCAUGUUAACGAUAAAUACGUUGUCAACGCAGAUAUCGUAAAUAACAAAUUCAAAGACAAUAAACCAAAUGUCGUCACAGUUCUUCCAUCUGAAAAAGAAUUCAAUGAUAACCACAACGGAAAGAAAGGAGCUCCUCCUAAAUUAGAUUUAAAAUUUUACCAUUCUAAUCUUUGGUAAAUUACUAUUAUAAAAAUUUUAUAAAAAAAUUUCGUUUCAUUUUUUAAGAAUUAAUAUGAGCUUAUAAUGUCUAAUAACUGCUAAGAUGAUCGUUGUUCUGCCUUUAUCAUGUUUCACGCGUUACCUAAAACUAUUGUUCUAUCAAUAUAAUUAUAAGUAUUAUUAUAUUUAUAAUUAUAAAUUGAGCAAAUUUUUAAACCUAUUAAAUAUUUGGAACACAAGUUGGAAUUCAUAAAUUAAUUGAACUUUACAGGUAAUUCUUCAAUUUCCUGUUAUAGAGGGGUGCACCCAAUAAAAAUAAUUUAAUUUCAGUAUUAUCAUACUCCUAAUCACUAUGAUGAUUGUAAGUGAUUAUUAUUAAAAUUUAUAUCUGUAGAAUAAUAUUUUGAACGAGUCAUGGAAAAAUUUUAGAAAAGGUAAAACAACUAUUAUCUUAAUAAAUACAUAUUCAUAUAUAUGACUUAACACUGAUGUAAUAAAAAUAUAAAAUCAGUCCAGAGUAAUUUUAUACGUUUUGUAUUUAGUGACACUAAAUUUAGUUCUAUAAAUAGUGGAAGUAUAAGUUGUGGCUAUAUUUCUUGAAAUAAUUUUUUUGAUGAAUAUAUUUUUAAAUUACAUAAAAAUGUUAUAUGUUUUAUUAAAUUAAUUUCAGUGUAAUUUAACGAAAUUAACUAAUUAAUAUUUCAUAUAAGGUCUCACAGCAUAAAUUUUAUGUAAUAGCUUGUUUCUUCUAAAAUUAUAUAAAUCAUAUUAAAUUCUAUUGAGUUUUGAACUUUUUUAUCUCAUUACUUAUCUGUGAUUUUACUUUUUUAUGUUAUUAUUUAAAAUGGGCGAUUCCCUUCUAUUUAUGUUAACUCUCUAAAUUUUUGUAAUUUUUAUGUUUAUUAAUUUAAUUAACAGUCAAAAAAUAAAGGUUACCAUAAGUUUAUGUAGUUUUUUUAUUAAAAGAUGCAUAUUAAAAAAUUUUGCACAUUUUCGAUAAAUGCAUCAUCAAAAUUUCCUCUGUUUUUUUUUUUUUUUUUUAUAAAAGAUGCAUUGUAAUAAUAAAAGAAAUUACAAAAUAAAAUGAAUCGACUGAUAUUACCACACUCGAUAUUUUAUUUACAUUAUUUCUAGAAUAACAUUAAAUAAAAAUGUUUUAUUAAUAAAUUCUAUACAAUAAAGCUACAUUUUUAACUUUUUGUCUCCUCGAAGAAAAUAUUUUCUGAUUUAAUAUUUUAGCUUGUUAAUCUAAAAUAUUUUUUAUUUAAUUACUUUUAAAAGAAAAAUAUUCGUUAAGUUUUAAAAUUGUUUGCUAAGAUAAAUAAUAUUAAUAUACUUACUAUUAUUACUUUUUUGUAUUUUUCUAAAAUAUGGAAAAUAUUGAAAUAUAUUUGUUUUGUAGUUAAAAA